CGAUCGCCUUCGCCCUUUCGGUCUCGAUAUAAUUGGAGCAGUGACAUCGGAUCUACGUGCGGUUUUCUAGGAUCGUCAACACCAUUGGUCACGGCAUUUACUUCUAAGUGACAGUGAUGCAACAAGUACAUCGUAUCGAUCCAUCCGGUGUAUGAGGACAAAAGGAACUAGCUGAAGAAGAGUGAUCCCUGGUAGUCGGUGUAACUCGAGAUAGUACUAGAACUAGAAAGAUGAAGUGCUGCAUCUGCAUCUGCAAACCUCGAAAAUGACAGGAGUGGAUCCGGUUUUGUCCGACGGCGCCAUCGCUGGAGGCCCAGCGCAGGAGUACCGUGAGAUUGUCUCGCGGUUGUUCAAGAUUCCGAACGGGCAUGUUGAAUCGGACUGCGCCGAGCCUACUAGCAAGGCAGGAGUUCUUGCGAUCAUCGACACAGGAGCUGAGCUUCCGGAGUUGUUGCUAGCAUUGCAGAGUGAGCUGCAAGAGAACCGAGGUGGAACAUCCAAUUCAACGCCAGUGGGCGUUUCUGUGGCGCGAAAUUACUCGCGGGAAGCUCCGGCGCUGUUGGUUCUUGCGGCGGACGACGGGAAAGCGCUAGAAUUCAAAGUCAAGCAUGAGGCUGGCUGGAUGGUGGUUCUCCAAAUCGUGCGCACCUUUCUCGACGCGGGAGUUCCUGUGGCGGGAUUGAGUCUAAGCGGAGCGCAGCGUGUACUCCAGGACAAAGCGGGCAUGCGAGACGCGAUUACCUUGAUGGAAGAGCUGGGACGGCACGCGCAAAGUCUUUCUCACUUGCACUUGACCAACUUCCACUUCGAUUCCACCGACAUGGAAAGUAACACAAAGCUUUGGCGGGCGUUUUUUUCCACUUGGACAUCAUCUACUGCAGACGGUGCAGAUGGUAGAUUAACAACCGGGAUGAAGACCCUUACCAGCCUCAAGCUUUUCAACAUCGGAAUGAGCCCGGAUGUACUGCGUACAAUUCUGCGUGCCGGGGCUGCGGAGUCGUUAACCAGCCUAGAAUUGAAUUUCGCGUCUUCGGGUGCUAGUUCGGGCUGGGUCGAUUCGCACGAAGAGGGAAAAAAGAGAAUCGCGAACGACAUCAUGGCGUAUUUGGAGAAGCGGGGAGCACGCGCAGCAGCUUCUAGUACCAACGGCGCUGAUGAUGUUCACCACGAACUGCGGCAUCUCAACAUCAGUGGCCUCAAGUUUCACGACACCGAGGCGCUUGUGCAAAUCAUGGAGACGCUUGGGAAGGAAGAGGUUGGAAAGCACCUGAGACUGCAAGAACUUUAUCUGAACGAGAUUGCCGAGGUCGAAAAUUUUGAUCAGACGAGUGAAGCGAUUGUGAAGAGCGUGGUAGAACUACUCGAGAAGACAAACGACACGCUAGAGGUGCUGUCCCUCGAGAGGAACGGCCUGGAGAAAGACACCCUGUACGGGUUGGCCCAGGGAGCUGCGGGGCUGGGGGACAACAUCAAGCUCCGGGCUUUGGGCCUCGGUGGGAACGACGACUGCUUGCUGAGCGAGGACGAGGACAUCGGGAAAAACAUCGCUGAAGCAUUGUCGAAAAUCGCCACGCUGCGGGUAGUCUCUUUUCCGGCCGGGGAGUUCGACGAGGCGGACCGCGGGGAUGUCACGACGGUACGUUUUCCGCAGCGAGGACCAGAGGACCUCGUUGCAGUAGAGUCACUAUCUUCAUCGCUUUGAGGGACCUGAAAAAACAGGUGAAGGCAUGCGAGAAGUGUUCCACGUUCUCUCGGUAAUUGUGUGUUGCACUUGUUAUGUCAUAAGCAUAACAGGAUCUUCUGCGCCAGCCGGAAAGCAAUUUGGGCAGGCUAUAACCAAGAGCAGCUUGUGUGGUUUUGUAAGAAACAAUUUGUGUACCAAGAAACGAAAAGAUAAGGAUUUGGACUGACAGGACGUGCGCGUGCACGAUACUGAUCGUGACUCCCGUAGCCUGAACGACUGGAUUUCUUGUACAAUGAGGCUAGAUUCUUGUACCAGC